GCGGGAUAAGCGUAAACAGCUGAUAGUUGAGUCGGAGGAGGGCAGUGCGGAUGGGGGAGACAACAACAAUCAGGCAUCAUGCGAUUUUUGUCAAGUCUCCUUUGGGCAGCUCUUUUGAUCGAACAGGUUUUAGGUGAAUAUGGCAUGGCACAUUUCAGCGAUGGGGGGAACAGUAAAGGCAAAGAUUACUGCAUAUUCUUCAACUCUCAGUGGGCUCGACUACCUCAGGACCUCAGUAAAGCAGCACGGCUGCAGACUUAUGAUCUCACCACCUCUGUGCUGUGCUCCCCCUCUGAUGUACCUGAGGGUGGCUUCCCAAACAGCAUCCCAAUGGUGAUGAGAGGAAAUUGCACUUUCUAUGAAAAAGUCAGAUUGGCCCAGAUCAAUGGUGCCAAGGGACUUCUGAUCGUCAGCAAAGACAGACUGACUCCACCCUCAGGCAACAAGUCCCAGUAUGAAGAGAUAGGCAUCCCAGUGGCCUUGCUAAGCUAUAAAGACAUGUUGGACAUCAGUAAGACGUUUGGAGAGAAAAGGCAGGUGGCCAUGUAUGCGCCCAAUGAACCGGUGGUGGACUACAACAUGGUGCUCAUCUUCCUGAUGGCGGUGGGCACAGUGGCUGUCGGUGGAUAUUGGGCUGGCAGCAGGGACAUUAAAAAACGUUACAUGAAGCACAAGAGGGACGACGGUGCCGAGAAACAAGACGAGGAGACGGUUGACGUCACCCCCAUCAUGAUUUGUGUGUUUGUGGUCAUGUGUUGCUCUAUGCUGGUGCUCUUGUAUUUCUUCUAUGAUCAAUUGGUGUAUAUGACUAUCGCAACGUUCUGUCUGGCAUCUGCCGUCGGUCUGUACAGCUGUCUUUGGCCUUUUGUCCGAAGAAUACCGUUUGGGAAAUGCAGGAUACCUGAGAACAACCUGCCAUACUGUCACAAGCGGCCACAGGUGCGCAUGCUGAUCCUUUCAGCCUUCUGUAUAGCAGUCAGUGUCACCUGGGGAGUUUUCCGCAAUGAAGACCAGUGGGCAUGGAUACUUCAGGAUGCGCUAGGCAUCGUGUUCUGUCUCUACAUGCUGAAAACAAUCCGGCUGCCCACUUUCAAGGCCUGCACUCUGCUGUUGGUCGUGCUGUUCGUGUAUGACGUGUUUUUUGUUUUCAUAACACCACUCUUAACUGAGAGUGGGGAAAGUAUCAUGGUAGAGGUGGCAGCUGGCCCCUCUGAUUCCUCUACUCAUGAGAAGCUUCCCAUGGUGCUGAAAGUGCCCAGGUUGAAUUUUUCUCCUCUGGUCCUGUGUGACCGGCCAUUCUCUCUCCUGGGUUUUGGGGAUAUCUUGGUACCAGGUCUGCUGGUAGCAUAUUGUCACAGAUUUGACAUUCUCAUGCAGACUUCUCGAAUUUACUUUCUGGCCUGCACUAUUGGCUACGGCAUUGGUCUUCUCAUCACAUUUGUGGCUCUGGCGCUGAUGCAGAUGGGUCAGCCUGCCCUCUUAUACCUGGUGCCUUGCACGCUCCUCACCAGCCUUGCGGUGGCACUGUGGCGCAAGGAGCUGCCUUUGUUCUGGACAGGAAGUGGAUUUGUGCCGCCUCCCAUUGUCAUGGAACAAAUCAACUGUACUCAAACCCCAGGACCGCCCACAGAUGAACCCCAGUCCAAUCCUGAGCCGGCAGACUCUGAAACGACCAAUCAGUGUGAGGACCCUCCUCCACCAGCACAAGAGGAAGUUCCGCAUCUUACAGAUGCAUCUACUACAUAAAGACAAGACUCGAAGGAUGCUACUUUCUUUUUCAUUUUUUGAAGUCAGUUAUAUGUCUGACCAUACAUGUAAUAGACUUGAGCAGUAUGAACAUCUCAGUGCACUUGUUUUAAGCCUUUGAAAUUGUACAGUCCUUUGAAUCAAAGAAGGAGGAGACACAACAACAUCUGCUGUGCUUCAGCCAACUUGCUUCAAGUUCACCUUUGUUGGCAUUAGGAGGGCACAGAAUGGAUCGCUUUUAUCUUCUUCACAAGGAUCUCAACUCUGUUAUUUUUGUUCUCCCUCCUUGUUUUUUGUAAAUUAACAUUCUCUCAGUAAAUGAAACAAAAUGCAGCUAGACAUUUGAAAACAAAUGUCAAGAAAAUUCUAGACAGCUCACUGAAAAUAUUUCUAUUUGGCUUAAUGCAUUACUGACGGGUUGUGUCCUUGUUGUAACAUCCUUUAAAAUACGGUGCUAAUAAGGGCCGAAUGAACCAAAGGCUUUGGGAAUAAUGAUUUAUUCGUUUCAUCCUGAGUUUUGAGAUACAAAUGCUGUAGGUUGAUAAGAUUGUUAAUCGUUUAUAUCACGGUACGCUGUAUAAAUAAGAGCAGUACUGUUAUACAACACAUAAUUUAACAAAAACUUCCUUUUUGGUUUGGGAUGCGAUUUCAGCUUUAGUUGCAUUGAAAUAGAUCAUAUUCAUAUGCUCGUGGCUUAUUGAAAGCAUUGUAUUUAGACUGUGCUGUUUACUUAAUGGAAGGGAUGUUUGAGAUUUCAAAAUAAAAAGCAAAAAUGCAAACAUUUUUAAAAGAAGUGCAGUUUUUAAGAACAGUUUCCUGCCCAACUAUUGAGUGACAGUCCUUCUGUUUCAUAGUAGGAUUUUUGUAUUCAUGGUACUUUUUAAAGUUGUUUUUCGGCGUAAAGCACUGAUAUUAUUUUCUCUGUAUGAUUUAACAGUUUUAAGUUACAGUACAUCAGGUUUAUUUAAGAAGUUUAUGUGGCACUGUUGUCUCAUUGAUAUCUGUUCGACUUGGCUACAGCGUGUUUCGUUUUUAUUGGGCCAAUAUGAUCAUGUGGAAUAACAUGGACAAGUUGUAAUCCAGAUAUUUUGUCUGUUUAUUAAUACUCCUGAUGUCUGGAGGUCGUGUGUCAGAGAUCUUCAGAGUCAUGUAUGCUGAAGCGCUCGAUUAGAGAUCGACAUAUGCUGUAAAAGUGUGAUUUUGAAAAGUUGUUGAAGAGUGCACAUAUUAAAGGAAUAAUGCAUUAUGUUA